UCAGCAUGCCCAACCGAACCGUGUCCGAGCCGCGGGAGACGCUGGCGCGUGCGCUCACCGGCUGCCUGCUGUGCGCCUUGAUCCUCUGGACUCUGUUCGGGAACAUCCUGGUGUGCGCCACCGUGCUGCGCUUCCGCCACCUGCGCACCAAAGUCACGAACAUCUUCAUCGUGUCGCUGGCCGUGUCGGACCUGCUGGUGGCCGUGCUCGUGAUGCCGUGGAAGGCGGUGGCGGAGGUGGCCGGUUUCUGGCCGUUCGGCGCGUUCUGCGACAUCUGGGUGGCGUUUGACAUCAUGUGCUCCACCGCGUCCAUCCUGAACCUGUGCGUGAUCAGCGUGGACCGCUACUGGGCCAUCAGCAGCCCGUUCCGCUACGAGCGCAAGAUGACCCCGCGCGUGGCCUUCGUGAUGAUCGGCGCGGCGUGGACUCUCUCGGUGCUCAUCUCGUUCAUCCCGGUGCAGCUGGACUGGCACAAGGCCACCGCGGAGCCCAACGCCACCGACGCGGACAGCUGCGACUCGAGCCUGAGCCGAGAGUACGCCAUCUCCUCGUCCCUCAUCAGCUUCUACAUUCCCGUGGCGAUCAUGAUCGUCACCUACACGCGCAUCUACCGGAUCGCGCAGAUCCAGAUCCGGAGGAUCGCCUCUCUGGAGCGCGCCGCCGAGCACGCGCAGAGCUGCCGGACGAACCGGCUCGCGUGCCAACACCACAGCAGCCUGAAGACGUCCAUCAACCGCGAGACCAAAGUCCUGAAGACGCUGUCCAUCAUCAUGGGCGUGUUCGUGUGCUGCUGGCUGCCGUUCUUCGUGCUCAACUGCGUGGUUCCGUUCUGCCACCGGGAGCCGUCCGCGGGUCCGCCGUGCGUCAGCGACACCACCUUCGACGUGUUCGUGUGGUUCGGCUGGACCAACUCGUCCCUGAACCCCGUCAUCUACGCCUUCAACGCGGAGUUCCGCAAGGGCUUCUCCAGCCUGCUGGGCUGCCGGAACCGGUGCCGGACCCCGGUGGAGACGGUGAACAUCAGCAACGAGCUCGUGUCCUACAACCAGGACACGCUGUUUCACAGAGAGGUGGCGAGCGCAUACGUCAACAUCAUCCCGAACGAGGUGGACGACGCGUUCGACCGGAUCUCGCAGCUCUCGCGGGACAACGAGGACUCUGUGUGCGAGCUGGAGUGCGAGGCGGACGGGGCGUUCACGCCGAACGGCGUCCACUGACCGCGAGCACCGGGCUGGAGUGUUUCUGAAAGAUGCCCGUGUGUCCCGCCAGAUGCUGUCACGUGACCGCGCCGCUGUUUCACCCGGUGAGUCCCGUUAUCGCGCGCAGCUGCCUCCGGUUACAGUGCCUACAGAUGAACGAACACCUCUCCAGAGCAGCUGCUGAGUCAGUCUGUAGCAGUGUCAUGAUU